AUGUCAUCAGAUUCUGCAGAUCCUUUCUACUGGAUGGGAGUUAUUCUUGCAUCCAACAGAGGAACUUUAAUGCAAUUGGGUAUCUCCCCAAUUGUAACAUCUGGUUUGAUUUUGCAGUUGUUAGCUGGAGCCAAAAUCAUUGAAGUUGGAGAUACACCCAAAGACCUUAAUAUGCAGCUGGGUGACAUCAUGCAGAAUGUGCAGUAGAUAAUAAUAAAUCACUAUACUAUGGAUGAGAAUGUGCACUCUGGAAGGAAAAUAUCCCUUACAGAACAUAAGAAAUAGAGAGCAAGUUUGCUGGAGAAAAUAGUUACUUGUGCCAAGACUGCUGAAAUUAAAGAAAAGACUCUUGUCUACAUUCUGGCCUGGUUGGAAGAAUGGAAUGUCAUUUUGUCUGAGAUGACUACAAUUGAUAUUGAUGAACACCACCACUGUAUAGCACAAAUGGUGAUGUUACCAGAAACGCUCAAAGCUAUCGAGAGCAAUGUCAAGCUACUGAGCAGAAUUAGUACAUUUGAAGAAAAGAAGAAACAAAAGAAAAAACGAGCAUCUAGAGGUUCUCUAUGGAAAUCUUGGAUAGAAAGUGUUAUACAGCGACCUGCAACAGCUCAUGCUUUAAGACCAGAUCAGAUGAUUAGUGAUCAAUUUGCAACAAAUACAAAGGUUUCAGAAAUCCAAGAUAUGCUACAGGAACUCAAAGAUACUGCAGUGUUCAAUAAAUUGGAAAACAAUGCUAUUAAAUAUAUGUCAUCAACAAUAGAAAACCUUUCGAAAGCUCUGAGUACACUAAAUGAUGAAGUGAAAGGUAUUAACCUCCAAAGUGCCAAUAUGUAUACAAAUGAGACAAGUGAAAGAGAAAAAGAGAUUUCCCUGAAGAUAAUACAAGAUCUCAGUAAAAAAAAAAAUGAAAUGCUUCAGCAGAAACUUCAAGAAGCAGAAGAAACAUAUACACACCUUGUUCAUCCAAGCGUAGAACACCAAGCACUGCCCACACCAACAAUGAGAGUGUCACCCGAGCCCUCCCCACAGUUAGCCAUCAGCCAAGCUGACACAUUAGACAGUGUAGACAGUAUUUUGGCCAAAGAAUUUGAAAUUGUUGUAGAUGAGGCCCCCCAAAAAGGGACCAAAGCCUUGGGGAUCAAGUGGGACUCAUCUCCUUCAUACACAGCCCAAGGUGAGACCAUUUCAGAUAUAACUGACCAGCAAUACCCUUUACCUGAAAAAAAACAGAAAAAGUCUUCUGAAGAGAUCACUGAAGAUAUCAUUAUAGAUAAGAUAUCAGCGAAGAAAGGCGGUGCCUUUCAGAAAGAUGGGACUGAUCGGUACCAAUCCCAGGAAGGAAAGCGCACAAAAGGCCCAUAUGUGCAGGAGACCUCUGAAUCAAAUGUGAAUGAUGAUAAAGGUAAACAGAAAGUCACAGGGACCAAACUUGAUCACCACUUUGAAAUACAAGCACUGAAAAGAAAAGAAAUAAAAUCCUUUUCUGAAAGCAAAUCAAAGUCACUCACUGAAUCAAAAAGUCAACAUUUUCCUUCUGAUUUCCCUUCUGACACAAAGAGCCAAGGUGGCAAAAGUGGAACCAGUAGUAUAUGGGAAAGACUCAGGAAAGCCAAACUUCAAUAUUCACAUAGCAAAAGUCAAAUUUCUUCAGAGAAUAAAGAGGAACUCAUCAUUGAGUCAAUGGACGAAGAAGGCAGAAGUGAGAUGAGUAGCCAAGCGGAGCCAUCCAGGUUGAGCCAACUUGAUUAUUCCUCUGAGAAAAUGAAAAUAAAAGGAAAGAAACACCAAAUCUCUCCAGGAACCAUUAUAAGCAAAGAAGAAAAAACUGAAGAGAAGGAUAUGUCAGUCUUCGCCAUGAAAGUCAAGUCUCUUGAACUUGUUAAAUCACAGUCUAGGAUAACUAAAGAGACUUCAGGAAUUCCAGAUGGCAAAAGAGAACAGAGUAACCUAGAAGAAUUUCAGAAAGCCAUAGUGUCAUUCCUAAAAGAGAAAAUUGAUAACAUAGGAAAGCCUUUGGAUAAAAAGACUAGGUCAAAAAAAAAAAAAAAAAAAAAAAAAGACUGGUCAAAAGAAGAGUUAUUAUUAAAAAGAGCAGAAGUUGAAAAAUUAGGAAUCAUAAAGGCAAAAAUCGAGGAAUAUUUCCAAAAAGUGGCUGAAACUGUGACAAAAAUCUUGAGAAAAUACAAAGAUAUAAAAAAUGCAGGAUAAAUUGGAGAGAAACCUAUGAACUAAAAAAAGGUGGUCUCAUUUAUGCCAGAAUUGCAUUUUCAGAAGCAGAUUAGUGCAAAGUCAGAAAUUAGCACCUUACUUUCACAGGAGAGCCUUGGCCCACUAACUGACAAUUUAAUACAAAUGAUCUUGGCUGAAAUAGAAAGUGAAAGGGAUGUUCCUGUAGCCUCAACAGUAGGGAAAGACCAUAAGGAGAAGGAAAAACAAAGGCUAGAAGAAAGGAGCUAUGAGAUGAUAAAUAAGAAUUUGGAAAAGGAAGAGGCAUGGCUCCCAAUGAAGGAGGGAAAGCGAGGGCAACAGAAGCAGAAACAGUGGCAGGAAGAAGAGGUGUGGAAGGGACAGCAAAAACAGAGGAUGCAAAAGCAGAUUGAGCCAGAUGAGAAGCAAAAGAAAAGGGAAGAGGAGAAAGAAGGGCAUCAGAAGUCAAAGCAGCAGCAGCUGGAAGCAUGGAAGCAAAAAAUGAAAGAACAAGGAGUGCCCUUGGAGAAGGAGAAAGGACAGCAGAUGAUGCAGGUUCAGAAGGAAGUGAGAUAUCUGGAGCAAGAAAGCAGUUGGGAGAGAGAGGAGGAGAAGCAGAAGCCAAGGAGAAAGGUAGAGGACCAUGAAAGGUGGCAGAGCACACCAAAAGACGCAUUGCAGUUACACCAAAGAAGAGAGUUCAAUGGGAAUCUUAAGAAAUUAGAGAAUCUGGCUGAUGGAAAGCACCCCAUACCGAUCAUUCCUCCCAUCUCUACACAAUCUUCCUCACCAGGAGCCUUUUCUAUUUCUGGACAGUCUCCCACGAAGUCCAUUACUCUUACCCCUCAGCAGACCCAGGCAAUGGAAAUUGACCUCACCCCUGAAGAGGCCAAGGCACUGGGAAUCACUCCCACCUCCCAUCAGGUUCAGGAAUUGGGGGAAACCCCUACUCCUAAGAUGUCUCAAGGUUUGGGAGCAGCCCACACACCUGAGCAGGCCCAUGCACUGAGGGUCACUCUUACCCCUCAGCAAGUCCAGGCAUUGGGGAUAACUCUCACCCAUGAGCAGGCCCAGACACUGGGGAUUCAUGUCACCCCUGAACAGGCCCAGGCACAGGUGGUCCCCCAUGUCACUGCUCAGCAGACCCAGGAACUGGGGAUCACUCUCACCCCUCAACAGGCCCAGGGACUGGGGAUCCAUGUCACCCCUCAGCAGGCCCAGGACUUGGGGGCCCCUUUCACUUUAGGACAGGCUCAAGCAUUGGGGGUUUCUCUCUCUCCAGAACAGUUUGAGGAAUUAGGAGUUCCUCCCACCUCAGAUAACAACUAUACCUUAGAAUCUCCCCACAUCCCAGAACAAAUCCAACAUUUGGGAGCCCCUUUCACCCCAGGACAGGCCCAGUCCAUGGGUAUUACUCUCAGGUCUGAGCAGGACCUAAAAUUAGGAGCUCUUCUUAUCAAUGAGCAGUCCUUACCACACAGGGCUGGUCCUCCUUCAAGACAUACUCUGGAAGUUGGGAUCUUUUCCAUUACUGAUAAAUCUAUCACAACACGUGCUCCUCACAUUCCUAAGCAGUCCCCAGUAUCAUCUGCUCCUGUUGCUGAGAAGUCCCCUAUAUUUGAGGUCUCUUCUACUCCUUUGCAGAUAUCAAGGUCUCCUCUUACACAAGCGCCCUUUGUCCCUGGGAAAUCCUUGGGAAUGAGGAUUCCUUCAGAACCCAGGAAGCUCCUGGCACCACAGACUUUUCCUUCCUCUAGACAGACCCCAGUUUCUAAGGGUCAAUCCACCUCUGUUCGGUUCCCAGCUCCAGUCCCCAGUCCAAUAUCUGGGCCCUCUCCCACUCCAGGACAGCUCCUUAUAUCUGGAGUCCCAGCCACGUCUGCACAGAUUCCCAGUAUCUGGGCUCCUUUCUCUCAUGGGAAGUGCUUGGCUCCUGGGGCUUCUUCCACCCCUGAGGAACUCUUGGAAUCUGGACCCUUAACCCUCUCUGAGCAGCCUCAGGCAUGCCAGACCUCUGCCACCCAUGAGCAAUCUCCCUAUCUACAAGCCCCUUCUACCCUUAGGCAGCAUCUGUCACCAUGGACCCUUCUUGGGCAAGCUUGCCCACUAUGGAUCCCUCCCACCCUGGGCAGCCCUACACUAUGGGCUCCCUCAACCCCUGGAAAGCCCCAGAAAAAUUUGUCCUCUCCUGUCUCUAAGAAAAGUAAGGAAAGAUUGUCAAUUAUUUCUUCUCUGAAACCUGAAACAGCAUUGGUCCAUCCCAGUGCUCCAAGUUUCAAGGUACCUCAAGCCCCUUUCACCACUAAGAAGUUCCAAAUAUCAGAGGUCUCUGACACUUAUGAAGAAAUCCAGAGACCCCCCCGAGAUCCUUUUGCUACGGAACAAUUUAGAACAUUUAAGUCCUAUCUCACUGAUUACAGGACACCAGUAUCCCAAACCCCUUACAUUGAUGAGGGGGCCCUUCCUACUCUCAUUAAGCCUGUAAUAUCACUACCUUCUCUUACUACCAAAACAUCACAGAGCUCACCUUCUGAAUGGAACCAGAAAUCCCGAUUUCCCCCUAUAGAUAAGCCCUGGAUACUGACCUCACUUUCAGGUACCCAGAAAACCAAGAUGAUGGUGCCCACUUCCUAUCCCCAAGAGCUCAAAGAACAGAACUAUUUUGUUGAUGUGGAGGCUCAGCGGAAGAACCUGAUUCUCUUAAAUCAGGUGACAAAAGCUUCUAUACUCCCUUCACAACUACACACAACAGCUAGGAAUCUCAUAAUUGAGACACUUCAUACGGACAAAGUUCGGCUGGGAUACCUAUUCCACAAGUACAUUGCCUAUAGGCUGAUCCAGUGUGCAAGAAACAACAUAAUUAAAUGGUUACAAGCCAUCCAGAAUACUGGGAGAGGUUAUGAGACCCAGAACCUCUACAUAAUGCUGAGCAGAAUUGAUGACUAUCAAAAAAAGGUGAUGCAGAUCUGCACAGGGAAGCAGAAGUCGCUACAGCAGAAACAGAAUCAGUGCCUGAGGAAAAUGACGUACUUAUUCAGCCAGCUUCAAGAGAUAUAUAAAUUGAAUCUAAAUCAACCUAUCCCUUUGAUCAUCAAAAAGAAGCAAAUAUCUGCCUCUACCAAAUUUGUUCAACAGCCAAUCCUAAAAGAAGAGGACAAAAAGUAUGACAUAUUCAAUAAGUUCAGACAAGAAGACCAAAUGGAAGCCAUCUGGAAUGCUGAUCUAUUCACUUCAAGUUACCCAAUAACAGAGAAGACAUCAAUGUAAUCACUCUGGGCCCAGCUGGGUGGGUACCCAGAUAUUCCUAUGCUGCUCCAGUUAGAUGUUCACUCUACGUUCAGAAGAUCUCUUACAUGCAUUCAACCAAAAACAAAGGGCGAGACACGGGCCCUGGAAAAAGCAGCCACGCCCCUCACCACGCCGACGCCGCACCGCAGAGCAACGCGAGCAGCCGUGAGGAGGAGCACGCAGCCGGUGGCGCGCACGCUCUCCCCGAGGCCACGCAGGAGACGGUCUGACGUGCGCGCCCCCGCGUCGGUGGGCGGGGUCUUGGGCGGGGCUCUGAGCCGGACCGGGGCGGGGCCGCAGGGAGCUGUAGGUGUUGCAGCUGGGUCGCGACAGGUGCGCAAGGCAAAGCGCCAGGGACCCGUACCAGGGCUGGUAGCAGCGCAGAGAAAAGACCGCUGUUAG